GACGAAGAGAACAAGAACUAACUAUUCAUGCAAUAGUAAGCGUAAAUACGUUAUAAUAGACUAAUUGUAAGUUUCAAUAUGUAAUCGUGUCGUAUUCGAGUCUCUCUCCGACACUUGCUCGGUACUGUUCAGCACGUGACAUGUCCACUUAAGAUAAAUUGUCGCAAGGUUAAAUAUUGCUGCUAUCUUUCAACAGGCAGAGCAUAAUAUUUAUAGAACUUCUGGCGGGACAAGAUCAAUCGUCAAGAAAUUGACGAUGAUUCGCCAGUUUCCGAAGUGAGGGAAAAGCAUGCAGCGCUAGUAAGACUCAUUGAUACGUUUGCCAUUGAUUAUCGAAUUGCUUUGAGUUCGAUUUAUUGAUUAAUUGCCCGACAUAAUUUUGAUCUACGUAAAUCUUGACGUUUAUACGAAUGGUCGAGUAACAACUGGCUGUUGGGCUGAUAAGGUUCCAGUUGAGGCGUUGGUGUUCGAAGUGGUUUUAAAUCGCUCCUUGCGAAUCAAGAGCAUUAGAAGAAACAUGUUAAGAAAUUGUCAUUUCUUUCUCCUUCUAUCGACGAUUCUAAUUUUGUUGCACUUUGGUAAGGCAGAUAUUAGGAAGGACUGUCGCAGAGAAUCGAAGGUUUCAUGGGCCGCAUUAAGACGGAUGAAAGCCGGAGACUUGGAACAGGAAGAUCAAAACUUAAAGUGCUACCUCAAGUGCUUCAUGAUGAGGCACGGUAUCUUAGAUAAGAACGCGGAGGUAGAUAUGCAAAGAGCGCUUCGACAUCUACCACGAAGCAUGCAAGACUCGUCCAAGAAAUUGUUUAACAAGUGUAAAUCUAUCCAGAGUGACGAUCCUUGCGACAAGGCUUACAACAUGAUCAAAUGUUACGUAGAACAUCACCCAGAGAUCUUGCAGAGCGUCCCUUUUCUCUAGAGCUCUCGUCAGGAGAGCCGCAGGGAGACACUCGAGUAUUAAAGAAAAGAAGACGAUAUUACUCCGCUUUCGUGUAAUCAUUGUACGAUGAAAGACAAAAGAACGAAAUGGUGCUGUAUGCGUGGUUCAACGUUAAAUAAAAUUGGAGAUGUAGCACGGGAUAAAUGGUGGGAAGAAAACGAUAGCCUUAAUUCCUCGACGUA